AUGAAUCGCGUGAUGUCCAAAGAUACAGCAAAGAAUCGAUAUGAGAAAAUCAAACAUCUUGGCGAAGGGCAGUUCGCUAACGUUUAUAAAGCCAAGGAUACGGAAACAAAUGAAUUUGUUGCAAUAAAAAAGAUAAAGCUUGGCUCAAGACACGAAGCAAUGGAUGGUGUAAACCGAACUGCGUUAAGAGAAAUCAAAUUACUACAAGAACUGCAUCACGAAAAUAUUAUUGGACUUUUAGAUGUAAUCGGGCAUAAAACAAACAUUCAGCUUGUGUUUGAUUUCAUGGAGACAGAUCUGGAACAUCUGGUGAAAGAUAAAGCAGUAAUUCUGAUGCCUGAACAUAUCAAAAAUAUGGUGCUUCAAAUGUUGCUAGGACUGGAAUAUCUCCAUUUGCACUGGGUUUUGCAUCGGGAUUUAAAACCAAAUAAUUUACUAAUUAACUCACAAGGGCGAAUAAAAAUAGCCGAUUUUGGUCUAGCGCGAUUUUUCGGUUCACCAAAUCGUCAUUAUACAUAUCAAGUAGUGACCAGGUGGUAUCGUGCACCCGAAUUGCUUUAUGCAGCACGUUCAUAUGGUGUAGGUAUCGAUAUGUGGUCCGUUGGAUGUAUUAUUGCUGAACUUCUACUACGAGUGCCAAUAUUUCCUGGCGAAUCAGACAUCGAUCAACUUGUAAAGAUUUAUAGCAUUUUAGGAACACCAACGGCGGAAGAUUGGUCGGGAAUGGAAGAAUUUCCCGAUUUUAUAACUAUAAAAUCAAUGCCAGGCAUUCCACUUAAAAAUGUAUUCACUGCUGCUGGUGAUGAUCUCAUCGAAUUAAUUUAUCAGUGCUUAAGAUUUGAUCCAAACAAAAGGUGGAAUGCAACUCAAGCACUUUGUUCUCGUUAUUUCCAAUCGAUGCCAUAUGCGUGCGAUGAUUGUGACUUGCCAUUGCCAACCACGAGUCGAUCAGCAGUUUUUAGACGGAGACGCCGAGAAUAUGCAAAUGAUGAUGAUGGUACUCCUACCAAAUUUCGUAGACGGCUUGAAUUUGAUUAA